UUAUCAAAUGUAAUCAUUUUUAUAAGUAAAGCCUAAUAAUUUGAAGGCAAAUAAGUUCUAGACGCAAAAGGACUUGAAUGGCAUUCAAAUGGAACUAUGGUUAAAAUUGCACUGGACUUUGAUAAUAUUGCUAGUGCUUGUUAAACAAGACACGGCCUUCAAGUUCUCCGUCGUACACACCAAUGAUAUGCACGCCAGAUAUGACCCGAUGAAAGAUAGCAAUGAAAAGUGCGACAUGGGCGACGAUGAGAAGGGCCUGUGCUUCGGGGGCUUUGCGAGAGUAGCUACGGCUGUGGCAAAGGCCCGUGCCGAGGGUCCAACACUUUUUUUGAACGCAGGCGAUACCUUUCAAGGAACCCCCUGGUUCACAAUAUUCAGGAGUGAGCUGGCGGGCGAACUGAUGAAUAUGCUGAAUCCAGAUGCAAUGUCGCUGGGCAAUCAUGAGCUCGAUGACAAUGUCAAUGGAUUGGUGCCUUUUCUUCAAAUGAUCAAAUUCCCCGUUGUCUGCUGCAAUAUAAUCCUGAAAAACGCUCCAGUUUUGCAAAAUAUGAAGAAUUUGGUUCACUCCACCAUCAUCACGAAGUUUGAGAAGAAAAUCGGGAUUAUUGGAUAUCUGACGCCCGUGACAAGAAAACUAGUCUCAGCACUCGAUAUUGAAAUCCAUAAUGAAAUACCUUACAUUAAUGCCGAGGCCAAAAAACUUACUGACAAAGGAGUCGAUAUUAUAAUUGCACUUGGACACUCCGGCUACAGCAUGGAUCAAGAUAUCGCCAGGAGUUGCCAGGACAUUGAUCUUGUCGUCGGAGGACACUCGCACACGUUCCUAUUCACGGGCACUCCGCCGGAGAGGGAGAACCCCGUGGGCAACUACCCAACUGUGGUGACCCGAACAAAUGGGCAACAGGUGCUGGUCCUUCAGGCGUAUGCGUAUACCAAGUAUUUGGGGAAAAUCGAUUUGGAGUUUGACAAUGGAGGUCGCUUGAUCAAAUAUAGUGGCUCUCCCAUUCUGUUGGAUAACACAGUAGCGCAUGAUUCCGCUGUGAAGGCCCUCUUGGACAGUAAGAGGGCGACUAUAGAUGAGCUGGAAACCCAAGUGGUUGGCGUAAGUAAGGUUGUUCUGAAUGGAGAUCGUGAAGCGUGUCGUCAAUCGGAAUGCAAUUUUGGCAACUUUAUUGGCGACGCUUUGGUCUACGGUCGAGUUAUUGAGGAUUAUGGCGGUCUGUAUUGGACGGAUGCAGCGAUAGCCCUAAUGAAUUCGGGAGGAAUACGCGCGAGCAUCGACCCGGGCCCAGAUGGAACUGUUACGGGCGUGGAUAUAGCCACAGCUUUACCAUAUGGCAAUACCGUGUCGGUCACCCGCAUCAAGGGCCAUGAUCUUGUCAAAGCCUUGGAGUACUCGGCAGCCUUGCGGCACACAGACUCGGAUGGGGGCUUCCUGCAAGUGUCCGGAUUGCGCCUGGUCAUCAACUAUAAUCGACCAAAAGGAAAACGCGUCACAUCAAUUAAUGUGCUGUGCGCCGACUGCAGAAUUCCCAAAUAUGAGCCCUUGGAGAGGGACAAAUUUUACUCGGUAAUAGUGCCAAGCUUCAUUCUGAAUGGUGGCGAUGGUCACAGACAUUUGAAGGAUGCCAUAGAACCGGAACUCCAUCGUCUAAAGCUGAUUGAUCGCGAAAUAUUAACCAAAUACUAUCAGGAGCACAAAAUUGUUUAUCCCAUGCUUGAAAGUCGCAUAACUAUUAUAGAGAAAAAACGCAGAUCCUGCGCGCCGACCCGAUCGCAAACUCUACUUGUUCCGAUUGCGCUAGUUACUUUUUUAUACCUUUUCAUAUAUACCUAAUGAUAUUUUGUACAAUACAGCAUAAAAUCGUAU